AUGGGAGUUCUUGGGUCUAUGAGAAUGUUUAGGGUGAAGGACGGGAACCAUAAUUGGACCGUGGGUCAAAACCACAAUCCAAGGCUCCUUAUCACCCCUGAGAACCGGGAGAUCCAUGCCCUCAGGCAUCCUAACAACUUCACCGACUGGCAAAUCACACCAUAUAUCUUCCCCGAUUCCUUCUCCGAAGAGGAAGAUGAGGAAGAUGGAUACAAUGAUGAGAGUGGCAAGGCGGCACCACAAAAUUCUCCUCCCAUGGGUGGUGCCAGCUCAUCCCAUCAAGCUGGACACCCAUCCUAUCACCAACAAUAUAUGGAUCAAUUCCAAUCGAUCCAUACCCGCCUCGACACUUACAAUCAAGAUCUCACGAGCCUGACUCGAAGUUUCUCUUCUUUCACCACUCAAUACACUAGGGAUCAAGAGUGCCAGCGUAAAGAUGUGGAGGAAUUUUGGGCUUGGACCCGAAACUCCGAUUAUUACCCUUAUCCUCCUCCUCCGCAAUAG